AUGCCAAUUACAGCCCACCACGUCAAUCAGAACGGCGAGCUGAUCUAUACGAUUUCGACCCCUGAACUCAAUGUGGUGGAACAGCAAACGUGGAAGGACAUUAAGAAUGAGCCAGAGCAUAUUGAAUUGUACCAGUACUUUUAUCACGACGAUCCACGACUGACGAUUGAGCGAAAGUCGAUCAACAAAAAGUUUAUCCAAAACAAGAUCCAAUCCAUGGUGCUUGACAAUAUCACUCAGGGCAAUUAUGAUGCUGCCCUGGAUCUCCUAGACAACAUGGUGGCCUCUGAGAGAAAACCAACAGCGUUGAUGGUAUUGCAUCUCUUUGAUAUCAUUCUUCGGCCUCAGCAAGAUUAUGGUACCGUCAAGCAGCUCAUGAACAUGUGCGAAAAGGCUCAGCGGAUCCUGCUCUAUAUAUUGGAAGUCUUUGGUGCUGGUGUCUUUGAUUGUGUAUGGAACAUGUUUCGAAUGCAUGGUGUCACCCGUCUCGGAAAACGACGCCAUGUCCAAAUGCUAGCCGAGUUUGAAGAUGAAGAUGAAGAGCCAUACGAAUGUUCCUUGACUGAAUUUGAUGAUCUAUGGGACCUCACAGCAAGAGCCAUUGAAUACGUUGAACCACGCUUCAGAUCAGGUGCCGAUAGGAAAGAACCUUCGAUGGAUGCUCCCGGUGGCAAAUUGCGUCGACAACAAGCCUUGGAUGUUAUCAUUUCAGUCCUUGAAGCGGAUAUUCGGAGUCGUAAAGAGAGUGCAAGUGCCAUUACACAAUGCAUGUUUAUGAAUAUGUUACGGCCGGAUAGCACAGGAAGGAGGACGCAGUUUGAUCGAUACUUGGACAUCAUAUUCAGCGCAUUUGGAUUGCAUGACGCAAAAGAUGAGGAUGAUACAUCACAAACGAAGGACGCAUCAAGUGUGGGUUUCGCUGGACGAUUACUCGACAUGAUGGCGAUUCUAUCCUGCUGUCAAAAUGCAGUAGCUGCCAAACCACUUGCCCAACAGACAUUUCGACGAUUCACCAAACUGGAUAUUGAUGGCUGUGCCACUUUGAUGCAGGUGAUCCAAUGCACAACAUUUCUUGCCACGCUCUGUGAUAUGCACCUAAGCGAUUCCGAUUGUUCAAAAGUGCCUGAGAAAUGCAAAGUACUACGAAAGGCAUCGAUUUACAACCUUGACAAGUUGUUCCGUUUCAAUCUUUGGACCCGACCCUUGUAUCUUGACGAGCUGAGUGAUGUUUAUCGGCAUGUUCUUAUUAUCUAUUGGCGUUUUACGACAUUUAUCCACGAGCGAUUCAUGCGAUUUGAGGUGCGGAGUAGCACUGACAACGUUGUACACAACAAGGUGCUGACAGCAUUGACGGAUGAGCAACGAGAACGGAUCAUUGUCAGUACAGCGGAUGCUAGUGAGAAAUGGCAUCAACAUGUUGAAUCGAUGAUUGAGGAUGCGCUUUCCAUGGACCCUGAUCAAGAAGAUGCUGAGAUGCUUACACAACAAAUACGGCAAACCGCAAAGCUACUGGUGAUGGAAUGGGAAGUUUAA